UUGUCCUUUAAUUACACCCUAAAUUGCAGUCCCUGCCCUUUCCCUUUAAUUUGUGCAUUCCAUGUCCUUUAAAUAACAAAUUUGCACACUCCUUGUCCUUUUCUCCAAACCUCAUCCAACAACCCAGUUAAAUGCACCCAUGUGCAUCUCACAUGAUGGGUAAAAAUGUAAAAUCACCUCACACCUACCUUUAAAAACCCCAUCAGUCUUCUUCUUCCUCACAUAACACACUCUCAAAACCCUUCACUUCCCACGAUCAUCCCAAUACAGUAGAAACCCUAAUCAAAUCUCAAAUGCAAUGACGGACUCUUACGAACUGCGACCAAGGUGGUCUAUUCGUGCAAACGUUGAUCAAGAAACGGUUGAAGAUUACUAUAGGCGUUUUCCCCAUUUGUUCGCUAUAAAGCUACAUCAUGGUGGUAGUUUCACUAAGUUCCCAAACUUUGAGUAUGUGGAGGGUAAGCACAACUAUGUUGAUCAGUUAGAUCCUGACUUUUUCUCUGUUCAUGAGUUGGAUUUUGUAUUGAAAAAGUUAGGGUAUGCAACAGAUGUUAUUAGGUAUUAUCAUUAUAAGAUACCUAAUCAGGAACUAGGAUUUGGCCUUCGUGCUCUAGGUAGUGACUUAGAUGUUAUUGACUUUUGCAAGUACACAGCUGAUUAUAAGACCAUGCAUGUUUACACUGAGUUUGAAGUAACAAAUGUGCAUACAUAUUUCUAUUCCCCUGCAAAAAGUAGGAUUGCUGAAGUUAUUGAUGGACUGGAUGGUGUUGAGAUCAUUAGGAAAAAUCCAAGGAUGAUGUUAGGCUGGCAUCCCUUAGCAAAUGAUUUAGGUGAGAAUAAUGCUAACAAUGCGGGUGAUAAUGUAGAUGAAGGUGUUAUUGAUAACAAUGCGGGUGAUAAUGUAGAUGAAGGUGUUAUUGAUAACAAUGUGAAUGAUAAUGUAGAUGAAGGUGUUAUUGAUAACAAUGUGAAUGAUAAUGUAGAUGAAGGUGCAGGUGCAUAUAAACCUGUACUUGAUAAUAAUGUGGAUGAGAACCUUAUUACUGUUGAAGAGAGACAAGCACAAGAAAGUUCAACUUUUUUUGCAGAUUUCAUGAGUGACUUUGAUCCCUUCUUUGGUCUAAAUGACAACAUGGUUAAUAAUGAACACCAAAACAAUGCCAAGGCUAGUGUUAGGCAUGAUGUAGUUGAUAGUUCAGAUGAAGAAACUUGUGCAGAAAAUGAAGAUGAAGAUGAUGACAGUGAUUUUCUAGGCGAUGACACAGCUAGGGAGGAUGUAGAGGUAGAUAUGAGGGAUUUUAGACUAAACAUUGAUGAGGGGAUUGAUGAGAAUAAUGAUGCAGUUGGUGGUUCAAUUGAUGAAGAUGUUUUAAAUGAUGAUACAUUAGAAAGUGGAAGUGAGUCUGAUUUGGAUGAGUCUAGUGCUAGGAAGAAAAUGCUUAAGGGUUUAAGGAAUGCCAAUGAGAAAAAGAGCAAUUUCUACCUAGGACAGAUUUUUGGAAACAAGGUAGAAGCCAAAGAACUAAUCAAGCAGCAUGCUGUGGAAACUAAGAGGGAACUUAGGAUUGUUAAGGAUGAUAGUAAAAGACUAAGGGCUGUUUGUAGGGGUCAGUUACCAAAUUUCCAAGUUGAUGCACAUGGUAUCCAUAGUCAUUCUGAUAAGGGUAAAACUGUCCAAAAAAAAGAGGCAAUGAUAAAGGACAUAACAUGAAAUCUGCAUAUAAUGAAGUAGGGCAUAAAAUUGUAACAAGGUCAAAAGAAAAACAGGUGGAAGAUUCUCUUGGUAGUAAAGACAAGUCCAGUGAGGACAAAAAUGUAGGUGGGAGAGGUAAA